AUGAAUCAAAAUAAACGAAAAUUAAGUUUUAAAGAUUCAUCUGAAGAAACAACAAAGAAAUCAAGAAAGAAUAAAAAUAAUUGUACAAAUGAAUUAAUUCAAUCAAUAACUUCUAUUGAAAGUUUAUCAAAUGAAGUUUUUUAUGAAAUUUUUGAUUAUCUUGAUGGUUGUCAAAUAUAUGAAUCAUUUUCAAAUCUGAAUUAUCGAUUUUAUCAAUUGAUCAAUUCUUCAUGUCUUCUAUUUAAAAUGAUAGAUUAUUUUACAAUUAUAGAUGAUGACUUUUUAAAUAAUUGGAAUGAAAUUAUAUCAUAUAAUAAAGAACAAAUAUUUUCUCUUACAUUUUACACAUCAUCACGUAUCGAACGAUUUUUAUCAUCAUCGACUAUUCAAUCAUUUAUUCAUCUUCAAGCACUUUUUCUUUACAAUGUACAAUCUGAUAUACUUAUGUCAGUUCUUAUCAAUCUAUCAUCUUUACCACAUCUUCAAUCAUUAACUAUUAAUAUGUUUAAUACAUCGAUCAAUUUAGCUGAUAUUUAUCAAUUAGUAUUCAAUUUAUCAAUGUUAAAAUAUUACAAAUUGUCAAUAGAUGUUACAGAUUUAUCAAUAUCAUUACCAAUUCCUAUCAAUGAACAACAACAAAGUUCAAUUGAAUCUCUUAUUAUAGAUCAUUCUUGUACAUUUCAACAACUUUCCACUAUUGUUUCUUAUACAUUAAAACUUCGUUAUCUAAAAUUUACACAUGGUUUUAAUGAUACUUCAAAUAAAUUAUUGAUUUUGCCAAUCAAAUUAGAAAAUUUAACUUACUUUUCAUUACAUAUUUAUAGUGUUGAAUUUCAUGAUUUUCAAAGAUUUAUUCAAAAAAUUAAUUCAAACUUAAAAAAAUUAAAUAUUAGUAUUCAAUGUCAAGAUAUGACCUAUCUCGAUGCUUAUCAAUGGGAACAAUUACUUCUAAAUAAAACGUGGUACAAUAAUUUUGAAGUUACUAAUAUUGAAUAUUCAACAUCAGCUACUUUAAUACUGACAAAUUUUCUUUCUUUGUUAUAUGUCGAUAUGCUGUUUAAAAAGGUCAAACGUAUUCUAACUAUUACACAAAUUUAUCACUUAAUUGUUACUGAACAACAUUCAUCAAUUCGUGUAUUAGUUCAGUUGAUAAAUUUAUUACCUGAUUUACUUACGUUAAAACUUCAU